ACGACCAAAUUGUAGUUGCCUCUUUGCUCUUAACGCCCAUCACCCAAAGACUACAGAACCGCCAAAAACCGGCUCCUCAAGACACCAGCAAUGCAGAGGGAGAGAGAGAUGUAAACGACAAAAAAAAGGCACCAAAGAAGACGACGUUCAUUUGAGAGAGAGAGAGAGAGAGAGAGAGACAUAGAGGGGCAUGUACAGAGGAAGAAGUAGACGAAUACCAAAACCCAGCCUGUUCAACAUAAUAUAUAUAUAUACCGAUUCUUCACCAUUGAUUACCCAAUAAAAAUCAGAUAAAGCCAUUCGAAGAGAGAGGUUCUGAAACGACAAUUCCUCACUCCACCCACCCACCCCAAUUAUGCCUUAAAGAUUCAAUCUUUUCCGAUUCCAGACAUUUGCAUGAAAUUAGGGUUUAGGGUUUUACUCGGAAUUCUUGAAGACAAUGUCAGCCAGAGGUGUCUUUGGUUGGUCUCCGCCUCACAUGCAGCCAUUAACUCCGGUCUCGGAGGUGUCGGAGCCGCCUGAAUCACCUUUUGCGUACGUAGAGCCGGGCAUUGAGGCGGUGGGCCCAGCAGAUGAUGAAGAGGAAAUUGAGGACGAGGCGGAACCACCACCGGCCGCCGUGCCAUUUUUGGGGCUGUUUGCUUGUGCCGACGGAGUUGAUUGGGCUCUGAUAGUUGUUGGGUCGUUGGCUGCGGCGGCCCAUGGGGCGGCGAUUGUGGUGUAUUUGUAUUUGUUCGGGAAGAUUAUACAUUUGCUGAGCUUUGAUCGUUCACUAGGAUCGGAUGAAUUGUUUCAGAAGUUCACUCAGCACGCUUGGUAUAUUAUUUAUAUGGCUUUGGGUGCUUUUGCUGCAGGUUGGAUAGAGGUUUUGUGCUGGAUUCUUACUGGGGAAAGGCAGACUGCUGUCAUUAGGUCAAAGUAUGUCCAAGUAUUACUUAACCAGGACAUGAGCUUUUUUGAUUCAUAUGGGAACAACGGGGACAUUGUGAGCCAAGUUUUAAGCGAUGUGCUAAUCAUUCAGUCCGCUCUUAGUGAAAAAGUUGGGAAUUAUAUUCACAACAUGUCAACAUUUUUCAGUGGACUUGUCAUUGGAUUUGCCAGCUGUUGGCAGAUUGCCCUAAUAACACUAGCCACUGGUCCAUUCAUUCUUGCUGGAGGGGGAAUGUCGAAUAUUUUUCUCCACAGACUUGCAGACAGCAUUCAAGAUGCUUAUGCUGAGGCAGCAAGCACUGCCGAGCAGGCACUUUCUUGCAUUAGGACAGUAUAUGCAUUCACGAAUGAUACAUUGGCCAAGUAUUCUUAUGCAACUUCUCUUCAGGCAACAUUGAGAUAUGGUAUAUUAAUAAGCCUUGUGCAAGGGCUUGGUCUUGGGUUCACGUAUGGACUUGCAAUAUUUUCAUGUGCCUUACAACUUUGGGUUGGAAGGUUCCUAGUUUCACGCGGAAAAGCCAGUGGUGGUGAAAUAAUCGUAGCUCUUUUUGCUAUAAUUUUAAGUGGCCUUGGGUUGAACCAAGCAGCAACCAACUUUUAUUCCUUUGAACAAGGGCGAAUUGCUGCUUAUAGACUUUAUGAGAUGAUCAGCCAUUCAAGCUUUACUCCUAAUGAGGAUGGAAAUAUCUUAGCUUCUAUACGAGGAGACAUCGAGUUCCGGAAUGUUUAUUUCAGUUAUCCCUGUCGUCCUGAAAUACCUAUCUUACGCGGGUUUUGCCUUAUUGUACCCACUAAGAAAACCGUGGCACUUGUCGGCAGGAAUGGAUCAGGAAAAAGUAGUGUAUUUCCGCUCAUGGAACGGUUUUAUGAGCCCACUUUAGGAGAAGUGCUUUUGGAUGGAGAAAAUAUUAGAAGCCUGAAACUAGAAUGGUUAAGGAACCAAAUUGGACUAGUAACCCGGGAACCUGCCUUACUGAGCCUGAACGUGAGGGAUAACAUUGCUUAUGGACGAGCUGAUGUUAGUACAGAUCAGAUUGAAGAAGCUGCUAAGAUAGCGCAUUUGCAUGCCUAUAUCAGCUCUCUCGAAAAAGGAUAUGAAACACAGGUGGGUAGAGCUGGAUUAUCACUGACUGAAGAACAGAAAAUAAAAAUUUCUCUUGCCAGGGCAGUGCUUUUGAACCCUUCAUUUCUCCUGCUUAAUGAAGUUACGGGAAGUCUCGAUUCUGAAGCAGAAAGGGCUGUUCUGGAGGCUCUAGAUUCCAUUAUGUUGGGGCGAUCAACUGUUAUGAUAGCUCGAAAGCUAAGCCUUAUAAGGACUUCAGAUUAUAUUGCUGUUAUGGAGGAGGGCCAACUUGUUGAAAUGGGUUCACAUGAUGAACUGUUAACCUUGGGUGGACAAUAUGCAGAGCUCUUUAGGUGUGAAGAAGCGGAAGUUCCUAAAAGGACUUCAACUAGGGACUACAAGGAAACAGCUUACCAAACUAAAAAUGAUUCAUCAUCAGGGAGCGACUUCCAAGAUUCAUCACCGCCUCAUAUAGUUGAGUCACCACUGUUUCAUAAGAUGGUUAAAUCACCUGCUCAUCAGGAAACAAAUGGGAUCCAUACUAUUCAGCUAUCAAAUGGCACCUAUGACUAUGAAGAAUCUACAAAAGAUCAAAUCCCACACCCAGAGCAAACGUCUAGGUUUGAAACAAGGUUACCGGAAUUGCCUAAGAUUGAUGCUAGUCUUGCAAAACAAGAAACCUCAAAUGCUUCAGACCCUGCAUCCCCCAUUUCACUGUUUUUGCCAUCUGGUUCAAAAAAUAAGUGUUCUCGUUCAGAACUGAAGGAAAAUGAGAGAAAACUUCAGCGGCCUCCAUCCUUUUGGAGGCUUGUGAGGCUCAGUUUUGCAGAAUGGCUUUAUGCAGUUCUAGGAAGCUUUGGUGCUGCUAUAUUUGGAUCUUUCAAUCCUCUUCUUGCUUAUGUUCUUGCACUUAUAGUAACAACAUAUUACAGGGAUGGUGAAGGGCAUCACCUACAUUAUGAAGUGAACAAAUGGUGCACAAUCAUCACAUGCAUGGGUGUGGUAACAGUUGUUGCCAAUUUUUUGCAGCACUUCUACUUCGGCAUAAUGGGGGAGAAAAUGACUGAGCGAGUUAGGAGACUGAUGUUUUCAGCAAUGCUGCGCAAUGAAGUUGGAUGGUUUGAUGAAGAGGAGAACACAUCUGACACCUUUUCCAUGCGCUUAGCAAAUGAUGCUACAUUUGUGCGUGCUGCUUUUAGCAACCGACUUUCCAUUUUCAUUCAAGACAGUGCAGCUGUUAUUGUUGCUGUUUUUAUUGGGAUGUUACUGGAGUGGAGAUUGGCAUUUGUGGCUUCGGCAACUCUGCCAUUUCUUGUUGUUUCUGCAAUUGCACAGAAAAUGUGGCUUUCUGGGUUUUCAAGGGGCAUACAAGAGCGGCACAGGAAGGCAUCUUUGGUCCUUGAGGAUGCAGUAAAGAGCAUUUACACUGUGGUGGCAUUCUGUGCCGGAAACAAGGUAAUGGCACUUUAUGAAUUGCAGCUCAGAGAAAUAUAUAAGCAAAGCUUCUUCCAUGGAAUGGCCAUUGGUUUUGCAUUUGGCUUUUCGCAGUUCCUUCUCUUCGCCUGUAAUGCUCUAUUACUUUGGUAUACUGCUAUUUCUGUUAAAAAUGGAGAUAUUGAUCUACCCAAUGCUCUCAAGGAAUACAUGGUCUUCUCUUUUGCAACCUUUGCUCUGGUAGAACCAUUUGGCCUUGCCCCUUACAUUCUCAAACGGCGGGAGUCUCUCAUUUCUGUUUUUGAAAUAAUUGAUCGUGUACCAAAGAUUGAUCCAGAUGAUAGCUCUGCACUAAAACCCCCUAAUGUCUAUGGAAGUAUUGAGUUCAGAAAUGUUGAUUUUUGUUAUCCAACCAAUCCAUCGGUGCUGGUGUUGAGCAAUUUCAGUCUUAAAGUCAAUGGAGGACAAACCGUUGCCAUUGUGGGAGUUUCAGCAAUGAAUGGUUUGUAUGUCAAGUUAAUGCGACCUCACUUUGCAAAAGUGCCUGCAGUACUAGCCAACCGGCGGAGUGCAGGACUCAUGCUGGCAUUCAAGAAAACUGGGGAUAAUGCCAACGAUGAAUCAUGGCUGUAA